AUGCUGCUCCGCGACCGAUUCAAACGGGUCUUCCACCGUUCCUCUGCCAGCAAGGAUGCCAAAAAUGGCAAACCCAAGAUCGAAUACUAUCGUCGCCAUGAGAUUCCUCCGUCCAAGUUCCGCGGCCCCUUCGACAAGGAACACCAAAAGCGUCUAGCAGCCUGGUCGUUCGACGGUGCAAUGGCCGAACGGCCGCGUGCGUUGGACUUGUCUCUGUCCCCCUGCGCCACUUACGAUCUCCCGGACGGUCCUCUCGGCCCUCUUGAUCCGCUUGAGAGCGAUGAUCCCGGUCACUUUUCCCCCGACGAUGACGGCGUGCCGAUCGAUCCAGCUUUGACCGACUCCGGCUCUUCCGUGCCCGGCCUCCUCGACUCCUCCCGCCCCACCGUCGGCUCCCAGUCCUCCACCGUCGUCAACUCCAAUUCAGAAAGCUCCUCCGGCUCCAUGAUGACCCUGCUCCCCGAAGAUCAUCCGAUCGGUCCCUACGAAUUCCCAGAGGAUCCUAUCGAUCCGAUCGCUUUACUCAAGGAGUCGAUGCGAUAUACCUCCCCUAUCGUCCGCGCCAUGUCCCCCGCUUCGCCCUAUCCCAUGUCGCCUCGGAAGGCAAAGGCGCUGCCCUUUUCGCCGGAUGAUCUGACUCGCGCUUUGAAUGCCGUGCAGGUCUGCUAA